CGGGGACUCGGAUAAUGCCGAUGGAAUAAAAGAAGGAGUGGACCGAUCUUGUAAGUGUGCGGAGGACGAGGUGAUGGAAUAUGAAGACAGAGACGCUGAUGGGGAGUCCACAAUAACAGUCGUGAAGGAGACGAACGAGGAGGUAGAGCAACUGAGGGGAGAAAGACACGAGGAACACGAAGACCUGGAUCCAAGGAUACAGGAGGAGCUGGAAAACUUGAACGAAGCCAGCGAGAAGAUUAACCUUCUUGAACUGGAACUGAAUGAGGCUAGGGAGAGCCAUGGGAAGGUGCUUUCAGAGUCUGUGAGAAAACUCAACGUGCUGUCCACUCAGCUGGGCGGCUGCAUCGAGAAAGCCAGGCCGUACUACGAGGCAAGGAGAAUGGCCAAAGCGGCGCAGCAGGAGAUCCAGAGAGCAGCGCUCCGCUAUGAGAGAGCCGUCUCCCUGCACACGGCCGCCCGGGAGAUGGUGUCUGUGGCUGAACAGGGACUCAAGGCAGACAAGAACAAACUGGAUCUCGCGUGGCAGGAGAUGCUUAACAGCGCCACUGCCAAGGUGAACGAGGCAGAGGCAGAACGGCUGUCCAGUGAACAGGAGCACAUGCGUGUCUCCCUCAUGUGCCAGGAGGCAGAGACGCAGGUGCAGGCCCUACAGAAGUCUUUGAAGAGAGCCAUCGCCAAAUCUAAACCUUACUUUGAGCUCAAAGCCCAGCUGAACCACGUACUGGAGGAUCAAAAAUCAAGAGUCAUGAAGUUGGAGGCACAGGUGGCUGAAGCAAAGUUGGGCUAUUCCGACGCGCUGAAGAACCUGGAGCGAAUCAGUGAGGAGAUCCACGCCCAGAGAGAGCAGGACCAGCUCGACGGAAACGGAAACGGAGACGGAGACGGAGACGCGCCUUGUGGAGGGAGGAGGCCUCCUGUAGGAGCAGAGGCAAACAGCACCAGUGUCUCUAAUGAGACCGGGGCCUGUGCAGACACGCUCAAACACAGCCAGUGGACUAACGCUAAGCAGGGUGUUGCCAAGGCGAUGGACUGGGCCGAGAGACACAGGGAGUGUGUCUGGGGGCAGAGAGAGCAGGAAAGCCCAGUAGAGUUGGCGAAGGGUGGCUCUGACUCCUUCUCUGUUCUGAGUCUUCAGACCAUCGUCUCAGACCUGGAGAAGAGCGAUUCUGUGGAGCACCUGGGCCAUCUUAGUGACGCAGUCAGUCUGUCUGAUGGAGACAGUGUGAAAGACGAAGACAAAAGGGGAACGUGGCAGAUGAACAGUACGAGCAAACAAAAACAAGUGGAAUUCCUUAAACAGCACCAAAGGAGCAUCAGUUUGUGAGAUCACAGACUUGCCUGGACCACCUUGUUUUUGUCUGCUUGCUCAACACCCCCUCCAGACAGUCGUUCCUGUUUGCCUGCUGUCUUGACUGGUACUUUGCACUGACUCCCUACAUGCCUUUCUGUUCUCUUUCUUUUCUUUUUUUUUUUGGUCAAAUGACUUAUGGGUGACUUAACCAAAUUCAAAUUCAGGUUUGUUAGCCAAGUUCAUAGUCACUCAGCAUCACUGAUCAACCAACCAAACGACUUUUUCUGAAUGAAGAUAUAAUGAUUUUGUUUUGAAAAGAGACUACAUGAAAAAAUGACAUUUGAUUCUCUGGGAGAUUUGAUAAGUUAUGUCAUAGGGCUGGUCCCAGAUCAGACAUAUUCACAGUGAAACUGUCACUUUAUCCCCGUACUGACCGAAUGUGUUGAACACUACAGGAAAUCAAUGCUCUGAUGAUCAUUUUCACUGACUUUCAAGCUCAUUAAUUCCAAUACUUAGACCUACGUUUUCCCCCCCAGU